CUUCGUAACAACAGCGGUGGGUGGGAUCAUGCUACUGGUGGCAACACUUUCCCUUCUUUUAUGCUGUAUAUUUUCUACUGUGUCACCAACCGUGUUUUAUGUCGAUAGCCAAAAUGGUGACGACCGCAACGAAGGUACAUCAGUAGAUGACGCCUUCUCGACCAUCAAAAAAUGCGUAGACACAAUCGUGGCUCCUGGAGACGAGUGUCGUGUUCGACGUGGACGAUACCAUGAAAACCUCACCAUCACAGGGAAACACGGUACAUCAGAAAACCCCAUCAUCAUCGCUGGGUAUCAAGAUGAACGUCCUAUCAUCGAUGGUACGAUGCUGCUGAAGCCUACAUGGACCAAACACAAGGGGCGUAUCUUCAAAGCUGUGAUUGACAACGACAUUUGGCAAUUGUUUAUCAAUGACGUCAUGAUGACUAAUGCGCGUUGGCCCAAUGCAUUAUGGUCAGACUUUACAGUUUUUAGCAACUCGUACUGGGCUAAGUCUGCACUCAAUUCCACCCGAGAUAUAAUGGUUGAUGAUGGUGAGAAGAACUUGGCAGGCAGUGGUAUCAACGCUACUGGAGCCAUGGCUAUCUUGAACAUUGGAAGUUUUAACACAUUCGUGGCCAAAGUACAGAGUCAUGUACCGGGACACAACUCUUUUACGUAUCACAACACCUUUGGAGAUCAUCACUUCAAACCCAAGUUGAACCAGUAUUUCCUGGAAGACAAGUUAGAGUUACUGGACCAGCCUGGUGAAUGGUAUUACGACAAACGAACCAAAACCUUGUACGUGUGGAACUAUGAUGGAAGGAAGCCUAGAAGAAAAGUCGUACGAGGAAAAAACCAAAUCUAUGCCUUCCAGAUAUCAGACUGUCAUAACAUGAUCCUUGCCAAUAUGACUUUCUUUGCAACAACAUACAAAGCACAAGUCAUCUCCAAAACUAAUUACAUUGAUCAACUUGAAUUCCAAUCGAUUAACUUCAGUUAUCCGUCCUACUCCAGGCGAAUGCUGGGUGUAACAGAUCCGCCCCAAUGGACGCAGAUUCUUGGCAGAAAAGGAAAAGUCAUGAAAACAUUUAAGAUGUUCAACUGUACGUUUUACGGAACAGACGGCGCCGCCCUCCAAUACACCGGUAUCAACGUCACCCUGCAAAACAAUCUCUUUGAAAGGAACGAUUGGUCUGGUGCAAUGAUGAAAACUGCAAUGGGAGGACUGGGAACGAUCGUGUCCAAAAGCAUCGGUGACAGGUUCAUCAGAAACACAGUGCGAUAUAACGGUGCUAGUGCGGGAUACAGGAUCGCCGCUCCAAACUCUCUUGUACUUCUGAAUCACUUCCACCAUCAGUGCUGGGGUAAAAUACAGAAUGAUGGUAGCCAUGUUCAGGUACAGGUGCAUGGUCAAACAGGUGCGGUUCUCAAACAAAACUGGAUUCAUGACAGUCCUAAAUAUGCACUGCGUUUUGAUGGUCAACCACCAAGAAUCGGGGAACAUGGUAGCAUGUUGCAGAACGUUGCAUGGAACAUUAGUGCAUUGAUGAUCAAAGGGGAUUAUCAGAAAGUGUACAACAAUUUAGCUUUCGACAAGUACGUUGACAAGGGAGGAGAUCGCCAAGGCAACGGUUGUGUACUCUGCGUGCUGAGAUAUGUACGUUCUAAUCCUGUGGCUAUCAACAAUGAAACUGUUGUCAUGUAUAACGCGGCAACUACUGCAAACGGAGGAAAACACAAGAGGAAGAAGUACCCCUUGGCUGGUCGAGUGGUUAAAGAUAACAUCAUUGGCAAGGUACGUGGGCAACUCAUGGAUGCAGACAAUUGGGACUUCCGUCCCAGCGUAAACUCCAAGUACAUCCCUAAGAAUGUAGGCCCUUACAAGUUUGAUCCAAGCUCGACCAUUUAUUGGAUACCAGGCAGACAGUCGUACAAAACCAGCACACCAGUACCCCUCGACUCCAGUACCACAGUCAAACCAAACCGGAAUGCUUUGAUGUGGCUAAAUGCACUUGGUGCUCGGUCCCACCACGUUUACUUUGGCCAAAACCUGACCAAGGUUACGAAAGCCUCAGUGAAAGAUCCUGAAUACAAAGCGACGAUCCAAGAUGACGCUAAUGUUUACUUUCUGAAGGAGAAACUGAAAGCUGAGAGUAAGUAUUACUGGAGAGUGGAUGCAGAGAUCUCUGAACAAGAGAUCUAUAGGGGUGAUGUUUGGUCAUUCACAACUAGAGGAUGACCAUACGCAGGCGAGGGAAACUCCUGUAUUGAAAAACACAAAGCAAUAAAUAUUUAUUAAAGACUGUUAGUGA